AUGUUAAUGAAUGGUUUAUUUCGAAAGUCAUCACAACCUAUUCGUUAUGCUAUUUAUCUCAUUUGGGUUCAAUUUUACCUCAUAUUCUUGCUUACUACAAUGUCUCAAUAUGUCUAUCGUUUUUUUAUUUUAUGUAGAAAUGGAGUUUUUUCUGCUAAAAUUAUUCUGCCUUUAAUUAUCGGCGAAACAUGUUUAUUUUUUACACAUGCAUUUUUAAUCACCUGGGCUGACUAUCCACGGGAAGAACUUUUUUAUAAAAUGAAUGAAAUACGAAUAAAAAUUUUUGAAGAAUCGAGCAUAUCUGAUAUUGAAUUUAUUUCUUUUGUUCACGCGAGAAACUACCGUUGGUUGAUGCAUCUUACGGCAAUGCUUUUCUUAUUCCCCGGAUUUUAUUUAAUAGUUGGCAUUUGCUUUUUUAAAAUUAAAAAGGCAAUUAGAGAAAUGAAUGUCUUAAAAUUAAAAGAACAUAACAAACAAGUUUCGGCCGCUCUUCUUUUUCAGGCAUUGCUUCCAUCAUUCGAAGUUAUUGGCUGGACUAUCCAAGUAUUUGGCCCAGUAUUUAUUACCGGACAUUCUAUCAUGUACACAGUUGCUACAGACAUCCCAGUAACUUUAAUCUCAGCUUUGAACCCUAUUGGAACAAUUUUACUUGUUGCUCCAUAUCGGUAA